GCCAUUCUCUCCUCCUCAACAGUCUUGGGUAAAGUCAUCCACUUGCCACCAUAAAUCCUACAUAUGCCUCCCAGUUCCUCACUACCUCCCACCAUAGUAACGCCUUUCGAAUGCUUUAAAUACAGAUCGUUGGAAGCUUGAUCAGGACGCGUCUUCUUGGCCAGGUAGCGCAUCACCUUUAUAUCCCAAUUUGCGCUGUUUCAUUCAAUCCGGGAUCCCGUUAGAUAAAAAAAACCCAUCAGAAAAUGUCUUUCCAGACCUUGAAUAAUGCCUUCGGAACCAACGAAGCCCCCGCCUCAACUGCCAGGAUAUUGGAGUCGAUCAUCCGGCCUAGCUCUACGCUCGAAGGUGGUCACUCAACAAGCUCAUUGGGAAUUGAGCAAGCCACUGCCCUCAUCCGAGUGGUCUUCAAUACCUCUCUCGAUCAAUUCUUUGGUAUUCACCGAUGGCAGACAAAGAUGGCUCUGCACAAGCAGAAAGACCUCAGUGAUGCCACCAAGAACGUACUUCAAUUCACCUUUGGUCAAGAAUUCUGUCGGACACCCGUACUCCUAAUUCGCCGAUUUCUUCUAGCUAAAGACCAUCAGGACUUAAUCGAACGAGCUCAAGGUGCAACUUCCCGAACUCAGGCAGAGGGAGAGAAUACAAGCCCCGCCGUAUUAGAAGAAGAACUCUCGAUUUGGUUAUUGAUCAGAAUGUUAUACUGUGCUGCAUUAAUCCGUGACUCCCCGAUGGAAUACCUACCAGAGGAUUUCCGAGCAGAUCGAAUUGACUUUGUACAUCGCUUGGAAGCCUCCUCUGUCUCUAUCCACUACUACUUAUUUUGUUCAACAGACCGUGAGAUUCGAGCCGUCGGAACUGCUCGAGCAGUCGAUUUUGCCAAAUUCUGGACCACAAUUAACGAAGAGAUUCGAUCGAGACUCAUGCGAUGGAUGGAAGGAAGCGAUCAUCUAGGCUAUAUUGAAUUACUAGGCACUGAUCGCAGAACUCAAAUACCCCUGACACAAGAUCCAGUCGACAUAUUUCAGCUCGAGCAAAGGCCAUUCAGAAUCCCGAUCAUCUCUCAACCAUUUGCGAUCCACUUGCUUCUGAGCAGCCUCCGAAUUCAUUUUCGGAUAAUUCAUCAUUCAAUCUACUUCCUGGAAACCAUACCCUCGGCCGUCGAAGCCUUAAUAACCCUGUGGGAAUACACAAUGAAAUCAUUUCCUGAUGACCACGAUCAACGCGUAUUGGAAGAUUUGACAGACAUGCUGGGAUGGUUUUUCGAAGAGCCCACUGAACCCACGCAGUUGGUCCUUGUCACGACCCCCAAAGAAGUGCCCAAUCAUCUCGCCAACUAUAUCAAGUCUAGAAGCCCAACCUCAUUAGAUAAAAUCUGCAGCGCAAUUGUCGACCAAUGCAGUAAACUUUUCGCCCCGAGUACAUCUAGCGAUCAAAGCCAACUGGCGGGCAAGCCUUGUUCACAGAACAUCAUCGUGCUGUUCCUGAAAAUUCUGCGUUGGUUGGCGGAUGAAAACGGGAAGAUGAGCAUGUCGCAGACCAGUGGAUCAAUAACCCGACUCGUCGUCAAGCAUGGUAAAUCGAUGAUUGAAGACUUGCUAUCAAACAGUGAAGCUGCCUUAAAUAUCGCCAACCCAAACCUCCAAAUGAUGUCUCUUGCGCUCCUGUGCUGCCCCAUGGAUACUCGCUACGGCCGAGCAAAAUACAGACACACAUCUCAAGGGACGUAUGUCAACUAUGAACUGAUGGACUACACAUCAAUAUACCGAUUUGAGUCAUUACUAUCCAUGUUUACUGCCAAGUGGAUCCAGCAGAUAAGCGCACAGAAAUAUUGUACAGAACUCGGAAGAUUCUUGCACUGGCUAGUCCAGAGCCUUCAGGCUAUUCACCUGCGACUAAAUACCACCAGGACGAGCUCAAGACGCAAACGGAAACGCGGAGACCCUGAAGAACUCGAUCAUGCUGGGCCUUUCUCAUUUAAUGAUGAUAAUGAAACCAGCGCUACCACGAAUGUUUUGCCAUCUCGCUCUCAGCACCAGCUUCCAAACAAUUCAACCUCAUCGCCAACAACCCUGCACUGCAAUCUGAUUUCGUUGCUCACGAGUUGUUCCGCACUCGCUGAACUUCCAGCAGAUCUGGGAAAAGGCAGUUUGACUCCGAUCAUACUCAAAUCUCUUGAACGGAUAACUAGCCUCAUCUCGCAUCGACCUGAGGAUUACGAAGCCCAAAUUAAGAUGUUUCAAACUCUGGAGCGUGGAUUUGAUCUACUAGGUGCCUUGAUAUGCAACUCGGCGUUAGAGCAGCCAGGGUUUUUGAACGCAACUAAUUCCGAUGAUUUAGCGUAUUUGCCGACGGAUGAUUUAAGAAAUCUAUUUCAAUGCCCAUCCUGUGAUCGGUCUCAUCUUGAUCCAACCAAGCCAAAGUCAUCAGAAUCCCAAUUUCUCCCUCGAUGUAUUUUCACUAGUGCUAUAAUGUUAUGUUAUAACUCAGACUUGUUGAGCUACUUGAGCCAGAAAAUUGACAAAUUGACCAAAAAAGAAAAAUCGAUCCAACUUGCCAAAUCUGGCGCACGGCUCGCAUUCAUCAGGUUCCUAACCCGCGUACUCAAUCAUACUGUGAUUGGUGACUUAAGUUCCAUUAAGGAAAGCCCAAUCGUAUGCACAUCGGAAGUUAACAUGAGGAUUGCAUCGGUGCUUGAACGAGGUAACCGGAUGGAGCGGAUUGCUGCUGGUCGCAUGCUUGCUGGUGUCUUCUCGAAUUCCUUACAUCUAUUAAGUAUCUGGCCAGCAGGUCAACUCUCCGAUUUUCAACUAGAUCCGGUCCUCAGUCAACUUGGUUCGUUCGCAAAGGCCAGCUCGUUGAAAGUCCAAGAAACUUUGGCCAUCAGCAUCGUACAUUGCUUCGAGCUCACACGGGCCACAGACUUGGAAUUGGUAGAUCAAGGUCGCGUCGAACUCGAUAAAUCUCUUGGUCAUCGAAUCUGUACCAUCUUAUUGAGACAAAUGUGUCGAAGAUGCGCAUAUUUGCUCGGUGUUAUAAAGACUGAGAUGUCAUUUUUCAGCAGAAGAAUUGGCUUAUCAAUCUAUGCUUCAUUGGAUCGAUAUCUCCCAUCAUUGAGUCAAUUCAUGUUGAUUGAUCUCAAGUUUGACUCUUAUGGAUCCACACUAUUUGCCGACCUGCUGGGGAUUUCACUAGAAAUCUUUCUCACUUCGACCGCUCGCUCUACUCUUCCUCUUCUAGUCCUAAACUCUAACACGACCACGAUUGAAGCAAUCGCGAAGGCCAAGGAGGAAACCGUGCCUGGUUUGUUAGUCUAUCAGGCAGCCGAUAUUCUAACCGAGUUAUGCUCUCGAAACACGACCAAGGAGCUCAAGAAAGGCGCGGAGAUUUUCUACAGAUUGUUGAAUUCUGGCCGCGAGAAUUCUAGCGAUCCGAACCAAAUCUCAAUCCAGAUCGGUAAAUUGAUGGAAAUGUCGGCCGGCCUGAUCUACUAUCGAUUGAUCGUAAAAGUUGGUAGUGAAGCUGAUCGAUCACGCGGCCCAGAACGAGUCAAAGCAGCGCUCCGUAAAGCACUCAUACUGAAGAAAUCACUGGCCGAUUCGAGUGAAAUUUCUAGUGACAAGGAAAUCCAGGAAGAGUUACGGGAGAACAUCUUGCCGAUUUUGUCGUACAUGAAUGGAUCUCUUCAAGAUUUACGCGGGAAGAUCACGAUGGCUGAAAAGAUCAAAGUCAUGCACGGCCUCGGCAAUCUCAUCUAUCUCGUUGACUCGGGAGUCAGUAGUUAUACUCCACAAAUCAUGACCAGUUUGCAAGCCUCAUUGGCCAUCCCCGUCUUGAGGAGCGCAACUUUACAAACUUGGGACAUCUUCGUCAAGGUGACCCCCUUGAACGAUUUGAUGCCUUUCAUCGGUCAAAUUACGGCAGCCGUCGUAGGCGUGUGGCCCCAAAUGACAGCCGACCAAAUCGAAGUCUCCAUCUCAAUGCUCCAACACAUCCUUCGACAACGUGACAGAUUGGGACAUUAUGCUUUUGACAUCGCUGAUCUUUCGGGCUUAUCCACCUCAGCUAUUCCUUCUCACGACUUCCCGCGAGUCCAUCCAGCUUUAGUAGGGAUUGUACAAGAACAGGCCGGUCUUAAAAACAAUUUAACAUGGACCGAGAAGCUGAAGAACUUGAUUGGUCGAAUCAAUAGUGAAAGUGAGAUUGUCAUUCGACAGUCUUUGAAAGAACUCACUACCUUAUUAGAGAACGAUCCGGAGAAAAUGAAAAUGCUUAUGGCCGGCGACACGUUUCAUCACCUCGUUGGUGAUGUCGUGAAGGCGUUGAUAGGAGUCACUUCGCGAUGUAGCGAUGCUUCGGAUGACAUCAAAAGUAUGGCAUUUGAAUGUCUAGGUACCGUCGGGGCGGUGGAUCCGGAUCGGUGCGAGAUCAGUGAUGAGAAGAGCGAAAUGUUUUUGGUUUCGAAUUUCUCUGAUCAUGAUGAGUCUGUAAACUUCGCGCUACACUUGUUACAGACAGAAUUGAUUGGAGGGUAUCGGUCCACUCACGACUCAAGGUUCCAUACCUUUCUCACUUAUGCUAUCCAAGAAUUGCUCAGAUUUUGCGGCUUCACUCAUGACCUCGUCGAUCCAAAAAAAUCAGCAAAUGUGCCGAGUUCGAUCAAGAAGAAGUGGCACUCCAUGCCCAAACAUAUCUUGGAUUCUAUCAGCCCCUUACUCAGCUCAAAAUUCAGAUUCUCGUUCACCAACAAUAUAUCAAAUAAUGUGCCCACUUAUAGUCACACGACUCUCUAUAAUUCUUGGUUGCAGAAUUGGUUACUCAGAUUAAUCACCUUGGUCAAAAAUAAAGACGCGACUGAUAUCUUCCUACCCUUCUUGGGUACGAUCCGUAACGGUGACUCGGUGAUUUCCCAAAAGUUAUUGCCUCAUAUUGCUCUUCAUAUCGUUAUCUCUGGCUCACAAGAAGAAUUGGAGAAUAUGAAACUUGAAAUCGUUACGGUCUUAGAGGACCAAGUCGAACGACGAAGUGGAUUCUCCCCUGAAGGCAGGCAACUUGUAGCGCAGACUAUUUUCGGUCUGAUGGACCACUUCAGCCGAUGGAUUAGAGAUAGACAGAAAGCUCAAAGCGCAGUUAAUGAACAUGGCGGGGCUAAAAGGAGAGAUCACAAAACAGACGCGGACACGAUGCGAGUCAAAUCGAUCAUGAGUCAAAUCAGCCCGGAAUUAAUUGCGAGCGCAGCUCUGUAUUGCAAAGAUCACGCGAGGGCUUUGUUGAAUAUCGAACAACAAAUCGUCAAGCUGGAAGGUGGUCAAGUCGCAAGUGGACAGAGUAUGAUCGUUGACGAUGCACCCGACGAGAUUUCCCCGGAAGAACAAUUACAAAAGUACUACGAAAAGGCCCAUGAAAUCUAUGCUGCUGUCGAUGAACCAGAUGGCAUGGAAGGCAUAUCGGCUAAGAUCACUGCCCCAUCUAUCCCGCAUCAGAUCCGAGAACACGAGUCAACCGGUCGGUGGACUUCGGCACAGAGCUGCUGGGAAGUACAGUUACAAAGACACCCUGAUGAGCUUCGGUCGCAUCUUGGCUUGCUUCGGUGCUUGAGGAAUCUUGGUCACUAUGAUUCUUUGCGGGCUCAUAUUGUGGGAGUACUUCAGAGCCAUCCAGACUGGGAACGCGACUUGGCACCAUUCUCGGUCGAGUCAAGCCUGGUAUCCAACAACUGGGAGGGACUGACACGCGCAGUUCAGGUUGGCUCUCUCGAGAGUCCUGAAGUGAUCUUUGGAAAGGUGGUGGACAUGUUGUUGAAUUCUGAUGAGCAGUCAUUCAAUGAAGCCAUGAAAGAUGCCCGGAUUCGGCUCGGAAACCAGAUCCUCGGAGCCUCUCGGAAAGACGCGUAUAAACGGAUGUACGACUCGGCGAUCUACUUGCACGUCUUACACGAAUUGCCGCUGAUCGACCAAGCCUGUCGCGAUUCCUCACCUGCCGCUGGUCUUUCGAAAAUUGGACUAAAAGCUGGCUUAACGACCGAUCGUAACCUCAUGAAUCAUUUGGAUUUCCGGUUGGAAUCAAUCUCACCUGCGUUUCGUUAUCGCGAGCAACUAUUGCGGCUAAGGAGAGCUACAUUUCAACUCAGAUCUCGAGGAGCGCCGGCCGUCGGCCAAUUAUGGGUUCAAACGGCAAAGAUCGCAAGGAAAGCAGGGCAUUUGCAAACGGCAUAUAGUGCUGUUCUUCAGGCUUCAGAAUUGAAGGCCCCAACCGCUUUUAUCCAACAAGCCAAAUUGAUGAAGAUGGAAGAUCAACUAUAUAAAGCGGUCCUCAAGCUGGACGACAACUUGAAAAACAGCCCCGGAAAAUUGAUCGAUGGGAGUUUUGAUCGAUUGAAUCAACUUUGUCCGCGCGAUUAUGCAAAGGCCUCGUUGCAAAGGGUCCGAUGGAUGGAUGAGGUCGAUCGUUAUUCCGCCAACCACAUUAUCGAACACUUUAAUAAAGUUUGUGCUGAAAAUCCUAACUGGGCCAGCUCGCAUUAUUACUUCGGUCGUUUUUACGACGAUAAGGCUUCUCAGGUUGCACCAUCUAUUCGUACUUCAACCAAUCAAAGUCGUAGUACAGUGGCAGAAUGGACAUACCACUGUUGUAAACACUUCCAGAAAUCUCUGAUGUUCGGGACGAAAUUUAUUUAUCAAGCCUUACCCAGAUUACUCACUCUAUACUUCAGUUUUGGUGAACAUCCCAACCUACUAGCAAUUUUCACUAAAGUCGAAAGUAAAGGAAGGAAGGACGGGGUGGAAAUUCACCAAGAAGAUUAUACAGCAGCUUUGCGUGGCGAUGAUUUGGGCGGAAUAUUUCUUCGUGUGGAUAAAGUCAUACAAAAUGCCGUCAAACGACUGCCUGUUUUUGAAUGGCUAACCGUACUUCCGCAAGUUGUUUCACGAGUGAUGCACAAAAGUACACAUGUACAAGCCAUCGUCCACAAAAUCUUAACCCACGUGUUAAGAUCAUACCCAGAUCAAGCGUUGUGGGCGAUGGUAUCAGGUGUAGAAUCCUCAAACUCGGCUCGGUCCAGUAGAUGCACAUGGGUACUCCAAGAUGCAACGGAUGUUGCGAAUAGCGCAAACCCGCAAUUAGAGCCACAAAACUUAGCUUCCAAGAUCGCACAAUGUCGCAAGAUAGUCAAGCAGCUGUUGAGGCUUUGUAACUUUCCUAUCAAGAACAACGCCAAGCAUCUGAGCCUACACGACGUCUUUCCAGCACUUCAACAAUGUACCCCUUGCGACUUACUGAUACCUGUGCAGCAUUCUCUGAUUGCAAGCUUACCUCCCAACGACGUCAAUUUUGCAAACCACCAACCGUUUCCGUCAGAUUUACCAUGCAUAAGUAGUUUUAUUGAUAAGAUUACGAUAAUGAGUUCGAUGCAAAAACCCAGAAAGAUUGGGAUCAUUGGCUCAGAUGGGAAAGUAUAUCCGUUCUUGUGCAAACCGAAAGAUGAUCUACGGAAGGAUGCUCGAUUGAUGGAAUUCAAUUCGAUGAUCAACAAGUUACUCAAGAAAGAUUCCGAAUCCAGACGGCGUAACCUUCAUAUUCGGACUUAUGCCGUCGUUGUGUUGAACGAAGAAUGUGGGUUACUUGAAUGGGUAUCCAAUACCAUUCCGUUUCGACAUCUUUUGACAGGCCUAUAUGCUCCUAAAGGCAUUCAAUUAUGGUCCAACGAGCUGAAAUUAUUGAGCGAAAAAAUCAGAAAAUAUCGGGACGAGUGGGACAAGGUUAAAGAUAUUUUUGAGAAAGAAAUUUUGCCAAAGUUCCCAUCCGUCUUUCAUCAGUGGUUCUUGAACAAUUUUCCUGAUCCAACCUCAUGGCUGAAAAGCAGACAAGCGUAUGGUAGAACAUGUGCCGUAAUGUCGAUGGUUGGAUUCGUUCUUGGUCUUGGUGAUCGACAUGGAGAGAACAUUCUGUUCGAUUCAACAAAUGGCGAUGUGGUCCACGUCGAUUUCAAUUGUCUGUUUGAUAAAGGAAGGACGUUCGAAGUAUCUGAAAACGUGCCGUUCAGAUUGACCCAUAACUUAGUUUCCGGCUUGGGGAUAACUGGGGUUGAGGGCGUGUUUAGAAGAGCGAGUGAAGUAACGAUGGGCAUCUUGAGGAAUAAUAAGGAUUCGUUAAUGAGUGUCUUAGAAACCUUUGUUCACGAUCCAUUAGUCGAUUGGAUGCCGAGUGUCUCGAAGCGCAAAGGAGCCGAUGCUCCAACUGAAGAAUAUGUUGCCAGAGAAGCCAAGAAAGCUCUGGAACCAAUCAGUCGGAAGCUCACUGGCUUUCAGAUCACUUCAUCUGUUUCUGGUAAAUGUGACCGGCAAAUGAGUACUGAAAACCAAGUCGAUAGUUUAAUCAAUGAAGCUAGGGAUAAUCGACAUCUGGGUCGAAUGUACUUUGGAUGGGGUCCUUACCUCUAAAGGUUUAUCUAUACAAAAUUUUAACUUUGCUCUAACGAUAGUAUACGCUCUUGAUUUUUAUUUAUGGGGUUUUCAAAUGUUUUGUAUCUUCUUCAUUGGGAUUGUGAGUUUUAAACUGAAGAGAAAAAAAAGUGAAAAUGUAAAGUUCUGUCUGCCAGCCGACUCCUGUGAGCGCUUGGCCUUGUAUGAGAUGAUUUGAGAUGGGACUUUGUAUUC